AUGUUCGGGAAACGAGACAAAAUGGACGUUCGGUGCCACUCGGACGCAGAGGCUGCCCGGGUCUCGAAGAACGCGCACAAGGAGAGCCGGGAGAGCAAGGGCGCGGAGGGGAACCUCCCUGCCGCCUUCCUCAAGGAACCGCAGGGCGCCUUCUCUGCGUCGGGCGCCGCGGAAGAUUGUAACAAAAGUAAAUCCAAUUCAACCGCGGAUCCGGAUUACUGCCGCCGGAUCCUGGUCCGAGAUGCCAAGGGGUCCAUCCGAGAGAUCAUCCUGCCCAAGGGUCUGGACCUGGAUCGGCCCAAGAGGACGCGCACUUCCUUCACCGCGGAGCAGCUCUACCGGCUGGAGAUGGAGUUCCAGCGCUGCCAGUACGUGGUGGGCCGGGAGAGAACCGAGCUCGCUCGGCAGCUCAACCUCUCCGAGACCCAGGCAAAUAGUGAAGAAAAUAAUGAACGAUUCAAACGCGGGAUUAAAAAAACCAAAAAGAAGAAAGAAGAGCCAGCAAGUGAUGAGUCUCAGAGUGGGGACUCCUGAGGCAGAGGGUGGCAGCCCCGGCAGUGCCGGGCCCUGCCACUGGUACCGAGAGCGCUUGGGACGAGGUUUGGGGAGGGUUUCGGUCCGGGAGACAGAGGUGCCUGCCGACGAUGUUUGUUCUGCUUCCUUUCACUCUCUGGCUCUCUGUCCCAGCUGUGUCGGACCAUCAGGCCCUCCCUCCUAGAUCUCCCACUUGGUGUUUCUUGGUUUAUUUAGGAAUUUG